AUGGGAAGUCUGGAACUACGAUACAUAUGGAUUGGCCAGGCUGAUGAUUUCAUUAUGUCAGCCAAUCAACAUUCGGUCCAUCAUGUCAACGUUUCCAGAUCUGGAAACGUUUCCACACUUGAGUCCGCAAAAGCUGGCACAUAUGUCGUAUUCGUAUUUAAUACCAAGGAAAAGCAUGUCCCUGAGGGUGCCGACUUUAUUCUGAGAGGUUUCAAGGCUGCGAAAAACCAGAAAGAUCUCGAAUUUUUUACCUCCAUUUUUGAAACCACUCCUUCACAAUGGGGCGGUCCUAUUUCGACGGCUACGCUAAAAGUUCGUCCCUAUGCACGAAACAUCUUCACCGCCGAUCCAGAGAAUAUCAAGGCUGUUCUGACCAGUCAGUUCAGUGACUAUGGAAAGGGCUGGCGUUUUCAUAGAGAAUGGAAAGAUUUUUUGGGAGACAGCAUUUUCGCAACCGAUGGGGAGCUUUGGUCACGAUCCAGACACUUGAUUCGACCGAUGUUUGCAAAAGAGAGAUUUGUCGACACGGAGAUCUUUGAAAAGCACAUUGAAAAGUUGAUCCCCCGUCUUACUAAUAAUGAAAGUGGCGGCAGAAUUGUCGAUAUCGGGCCAUUAUUUUUCAGAUUCACCCUAGACGCUGCAACUGACUACCUGCUUGGAAAGAGUGUCGACAGCCUUGACGAUCCUAAGACUGAGUUUGCCGAAUCCUUCCAAUAUGUUCUACAUAAGCAGUCUAUCCUCUUCAGAGCUGGGCCCCUACGAAAGUUCAUUUCAGAACGAGAAUUCAAGGCCAAUAUCCGGAAGAUGAACAACUUUAUUCAACAAUUCAUCGACCAGGUGCUAGCCCUAACUCCCGAAGAACUAGAUAAAAAGCUAUCCAAGCAAGAUACCUUCCUCCAUGCACUCGCUAGGUUCACCCGCGACCCUGUUGUGCUUCGUGACCAACUUGUAGCAAUUCUUCUUGCUGGCCGUGACACUACUGCAGCCACCCUUGCCUUUGCCAUGUUUGAGCUCUCUCGCCAUCCGGAGACAGUCAAGAAAGCGCGAGCAGAGAUCUUUGCAACAUGCGGUACCAACAAGCCGACAUAUGCAGACCUGAAAGCCAUGAAAUAUGUCAAUGCUGUCAUCAACGAGACUAUGCGCUUAUAUCCUGUCGUACCCUUUAAUGUCCGCCAUGCCGUUGUCGACACCACUCUUCCCCGUGGUGGCGGCCCCGAUGGGAAAUCUCCAAUUGGUGUCCCUGCUGAUACCCGAAUUCUGUACUCAACAAUGGCCAUGCAACGACGACGUGACCUUUACGAUCCUCCACCAUCGGCGUCCUCAUCACCAAAUGAAAAGGCUAAGCCUUGGUACGACCCUCUUGAGUUCCACGCUGAACGUUGGACUUCCGGUUGGCAACCCAAGCCGUGGCAUUUUAUUCCCUUCAAUGGAGGACCAAGAAUUUGCUUAGGCCAACAAUUUGCUACCAUUGAAAUGGGAUACACUAUCACCCGCAUUUUGCAGCACUUUUCUGAGGUGACUGGAAUCGGCUGUCCUCCACCAGGGACUGAUCCCGCUCUCAGAACUGACGUGACUCUCUCCCCAGGCGAGGAAUUUAAUUGUGUCUUUGGCCGUGAGGGCACUGUCUAA